AUGGCUCGCGCCCUGCCCAUCGCCCUGCUUUGCAUCGUGGCGUCGCUUUUGAGCUCAGCGUUCGUCGCUUUGCCUGGCACUGCAACUGAGGGAGCCGCCUUGCGAGGUGCACCGGCGCGGUCUUUGCUGGCUGUCUCUGGCAGCCUUGUGGCGUCAGUGCCAGGCCAGGCACAGGCAUUCUCAGAGACCGAGUUGAACCAGUUUGGCUUGGUCUUUGCUAUUUUCUUCUUGGGAUUCUUCGUUGCGGGGCUGGUGCGCAUGUUCACGGUCGGCAAGCUCUAA